GAGACGGCUGGCUGUGGGGCGGUGUUCCGCACUGUUCCCCUCAGCUUGUGACGUGUCACGUCAUGCGUGUGGAAUUGAUCGUCGGCUGGAAUGAAGAUCAUUGGUCGGCUGACAGUGGUUCGCCGGAAGCACAGACAGAAGUUGCGUGCCAAAUGUUUUCUUUUUGUCGAUUCUCGUGGACUAUUCGGCAGUUGACCCAUCUCAAGCGUCCAUCAGCCAGACAUGAGGACAACAGUCCCAGCUGCGACAUCGGGAAGCGAGCAGCGAAAACGGCUUUCAAGAAGGGAAACGCCGGCGAAUUCAAGUCUGCAAUGAUAGCUUGGGUGGAGGGAUCGCAGAUGUAACUGACCAGGGCGAUGUAACCACGGUUAUGCUGUACACUUGU